CCGCGUCCCGUGCGGCAGCGUGCGCGCGGGACAGUCGGCGUCGCUGGGCCUGGGUCGCUUCCCGCCGGGACUGCGGCAGGGCAUGGUGCUGCUAGCGCGGCCGGGGGGCUACGCCGCGGGACACGAGCGGCCCACCUUCGGAGGCUGUCCGCCCGGGACUUGCAGAGGACGACAGGCAUCCGUGCAUGUCCUGAGACACUCCACGGCCAUCUACCCAGGGUUCCAGUGCUCUGUGCAUGUCGGGAACGUGCGUCAGACGGCCAUUAUCGAGGGUAUAAUGUCUCCGAACAACGUGCUGAGGGCGGGCGAGGGGGCCUCCGUGCUGUUCAGGUUCGCCCGCUGUCCGGAGUACCUCGUGCGGGGCCGCCGGCUGCUGUUCACGGUGGGGCUGGGGACCAGAGCCAUCGGCCGGGUCACGCAAACCUUCCCGUACAUACCAUGAAUUCUAUAGAAC